AAAAAAAAAAAAAAAAAAAUCUUCGAUCUCCUCCCUGCAAUUAAAACCUCAAACCCCACACUAAAUCAAGCAUGGAUCAGUAAAGAUUCCUCGAGUCGCCGGAAAAAUGAGCUGAAAAGUAAAGGAUACGAUGUACAACAACGCCGGAAAAUACGUCGGAAGCCACCGCCCAAGCAGUUCCCCCUCCUCCUCCGCCGUCGCUGCAGGUAGCGCGUCCAUUUCUUACCACUUGCUCCACCACCAACUCACGAUCCCUUUCUCUUCUGGCGGCGGCGUAGCUGGCGACGGCGAUUUCUCGAGGAGGGAUGAGAGGUUCCCCCAAUGGGGCAACCAGGAAACGAGGGAUUUGAUUGAAAUUAGGGCUCAGUUUGAGGUGGAGUUAUCGGCGGAGGAAAGCGACAAGAAUUUGUGGGAAGCUGUGGCUAAUGGGAUGAGGAUAAAGGGGUAUAGGAGGACACUUGAUCAGUGCAAGGGAAAAUGGAAAGAUCUUGUUAGCAGAUAUAAGGAGCACAAAACAUUGGCUGCUGAUAAUAAUAUUCGGCACUGCCCAUUCUUGGACGAGCUGCAUGCAAUCUUCACAGCAAGGUCCAAUCUUACGCAGCCACCUCACCCCACUGCGAACCCUCCCGAAAACCAAUCCCGUGAAGAAUUCUCGCAAGAACUGGACAUCGAACAAGAAACCGAACCCGAACAUUCCCCCAGAACAAGAAUACCUCCGAAACAAAAACUCGUCAGGGUGAAGAGACAAAAAACAGCAGAAAACGAAAAUCGCCCAACACCAUCUCAUAAAAACGCUCUCCACAGCCUUCACGAGAUGAUGAGGACUUUCAUCGUGAGCCAGCAGAGGAUGGACAUACAGUGGAUGGAGUCCAUGGAAAAAUACGCUAAGGAACGGGAGCUUUUGGAGGACGAGUGGCGAAAAAAGAUGGAAGGUCUAGAGAGAGAGAAGCUUAUGAUGGAGAGGGCCUUUAGAGAGAGAGAGGAACAACGGAGGUUGAAGGAGGAGAGUCGGGCAGAGAAAAGGGACGAGCUUUUCACGAUGCUUCUGAACAAACUCGUUCGUGGGGAUAAUUUCCACUUGAUAUUGAAGCAAAUGUGUUACGGAAAUAUUGGUACCAGGCAAUAUGCAGACUUGGUGCUCUCAUACUCGAAUUUCCCUGCAACUUUCCGUCAGUUGCUUCUAUGCAUCUUGUCGCUGUAUAUUCUGGCUAAAGAAAUUGAAUCUCUCAGUCCAGAUGGUCAAGCUCUUGCCAACUUUAGGACAGGCAUAACUAGUUCAGAUGGUAUUUUGGAGCAGUGGAGACUAGAGGAUGAGGACCCUUGUAGGUGGCGAGGAAUAACGUGUGACUCGAAAUCUAGAAGAGUUACAACAUUGAGCCUCCCUAAUCACAAGUUAACUGGACAGCUAUCGCCAGAUAUUGGGAAACUAGAAAGUUUGCAGUUCCUAACUGGGGAACUGCACACAGUUGCAGUCAAUGGUAACUACUUAAGUGGGUCGAUUGCAAGUGAACUCGGGAACCUAUCUCAGCUUGAAAAUUUGGAUUUGUCAAGCAACUCUCUGAGUGGUAGCAUUCCUGCAUCCCUUGGGAAGUUAAGCAAGCUUGUGAAAUUCAAUGUUUCAACAAAUUUUUUGGUGGGACCUAUAUCUUCAGAUGGUGUUCUAGCAAACUUCCAGAAGGAUUCUUUUGUUGGAAACCGGGAUUUAUGUGGCAAACAACUACAAAUAUGCAAGAACAAGGGUGGUGGUUCUUCCCCGCCUACAGAUUCAGCCCAAUCCCAAUCCAAAAAGAAAAAUUCCGGUAGGCUUCUGAUUAGUGCACUGGCCACUGUGGGCGCAUUGCUUCUUAUAGCUCUUAUGUGUUUCUGGGGCUGUUUCCUGUAUAAAAGGCUUGGUAAGAAUGAUGGCAAAGGACUCGCCGUGGAUGUUGGAGGUGCCUCAAUUGUAAUGUUCCAUGGAGACCUUCCAUACUCUUCGAAAGACAUCAUAAAAAAAAUGGAGAGUUUAAACGAAGAGCAUGUUAUUGGUGCCGGAGGCUUUGGAACUGUCUACAAGCUUGUGAUGGACGAUGGCAAUUUAUUUGCCUUGAAAAGGAUUAUGAAGCUCAAUGAAGGCUUUGAUCGCUUUUUCGAGAGAGAACUUGAAAUUCUUGGGAGCAUCAAACAUAGAUACCUGGUGAAUCUUCGUGGAUACUGCAAUUCCCCGACAUCUAAGUUGUUGAUAUAUGAUUUUUUACCGGGAGGAAGCCUCGACGAGGCUCUUCAUGAGAGAGGUGAGCAACUAGACUGGGAGACUCGGUUAAAUAUUAUCAUGGGAGCUUCAAAGGGCCUUGCUUACUUGCAUCAUGAUUGUUCCCCUCGAAUAAUUCACCGAGACAUCAAGUCAAGCAACAUUUUGCUUGAUGGAAAUUUUGAUGCCAGGGUGUCUGAUUUUGGACUAGCUAAAUUAUUGAAGGAUGAGGAGUCCCAUAUCACGACUAUUGUUGCUGGGACUUUUGGAUAUCUGGCUCCUGAGUAUAUGCAGAGUGGUAGAGCUACCGAGAAGACGGAUGUCUAUAGUUUUGGUGUUCUGGUGCUCGAAAUUGUGAGCGGAAAGCGGCCAACUGAUGCAUCCUUCAUCGAGAAGGGUCUUAACAUUGUUGGAUGGUUGAAUUAUUUAGUUUCCGAAAAUAGACAAAGAGAAAUAGUCGAUCCACACUGUGAAAGAGUGCAUACAGAAAGCCUUGAUGCACUGCUCUCAAUUGCAAUCCAAUGUGUUUCUUCAAGCCCCGAGGACCGACCCACAAUGCACCGGGUCAUUCAAAUUCUAGAAUCUGAGGUCAUGACCCCGUGCCCAAGUGACUUUUACGACUCCAGCUCAGACUAAGGGUUCUCAUUUAUAUCCAAAAAACUAAGCAAGGAAAAGUGACAGAGCAACAGGUACACAGAAGGGAACUCGGAAUUUGUUUUAGCUAUAUUCACGUAUAAAUUUAUUCGUUAUUGUUUCUUUUGCGGAAAAAAGUAACAAGCAGCAGGUACAUUCACCAGUGGGUUUUUGCUUGUGAUUGAGCUAGGCUACGUCAGUAUUAUUUCUUUGUCAGCAUGUAAAUUAUUAUUAUUAUUAUUAUUUUUCGAUCACGGCCAGAAGUGGCGGUUAGUUUUUUCGUUCAGACCUUGAUUGUUCUCGUGUAAUUUAUCCUGAGUUAUUUGUAUGCUAAAAGGAUUUUAGAUGUAUUUACUGUUACUACAUACUGGAGGAUCCUUGUAUUUGGUUCCAUUCUUGUG